GUAAUAAACAAUGAUAAAAACAAUAUCACAGAAAACCUUAAAGUAGUGGUAAUAAACAAUGAUAAAAACAAUAUCACAGAAAACCUUAAAGUAGUGGUAAUAUACAAUGAUAAAAACAAUAUCACAGAAAACCUUAAAGUAGUGGUAAUAUAUACUGAUAAAAACAAUAUCACAGAAAACCUUCAAGUAGUGGUAAUAAACAAUGAUAAAAACAAUAUCACAGAAAACCUUAAAGUAGUGGUAAUAUAUACUGAUAAAAACAAUAUCACAGAAAACCUUAAAGUAGUGGUAAUAUAUACUGAUAAAAACAAUAUCACAGAAAACCUUAAAGUAGUGGUAAUAAACAAUGAUAAAAACAAUAUCACAGAAAACCUUAAAGUAGUGGUAAUAAACACUGAUAAAAACAAUAUCACAGAAAACCUUCAAGUAAUGGUAAUAUACACUGAUAAAAACAAUAUCACAGAAAACCUUAAAGUAGUGGUAAUAAACACUGAUAAAAACAAUAUCACAGAAAACCUUAAAGUAGUGGUAAUAAACACUGAUAAAAACAAUAUCACAGAA